CUCCUCAUCCUGCCAUUUUCCACUUCACAAGAUAUAAGCCUAUCCUCUUCUCCAUUCUCAAACUCUCAGUUACAUAAGUUAUUGGAAGAGUUGAUAUAUAAAUAUACAUAUAUAUAUAUAUAGUUAGUGCAAGUGAUUUUCUCUUCGAGUUUUAAGUUUCGUUGGUGUUUUGAUUUUGAUCGACAAUCAUGCCUGCCGGAGGUUUUGCGGCCGCGUCGGCCGAAGGAGUUCAUUUCGAGGCGAAGAUAACGCCGAUCGUCAUCAUUUCUUGCAUAAUGGCUGCUACUGGUGGCCUCAUGUUUGGUUACGACGUUGGAAUUUCAGGUGGGGUUACAUCCAUGCCAGAUUUCUUGAAAAAGUUCUUCCCUACCGUAUAUGACAAGACAAAGGAUCCUAAUAUCAACAGCAACUAUUGCAAGUAUGAUAAUCAAGGGCUGCAAUUGUUCACAUCGUCACUGUACUUGGCCGGUUUGAUCGCAACUUUCUUUGCAUCCUACACUACAAGAAAGCUAGGAAGAAGGCCAACCAUGUUGAUUGCUGGGAUUUUCUUCAUUGUUGGUGUAGUUCUUAAGCUAGGAAGAAGGGCCAACCAUGUUGAUUGCCUGGACCUUGCAUGGCUCAUUAUUGCAGGAUUUUUACUCGGAUGCGGAAGUCGUUUUGGGUAUCAGGCGGUGCCUCUUUUCCUAUCUGAGAUAGCACCUACGAGAAUACGUGGAGGCCUUAACAUACUCUUCCAGCUUAAUGUCACCAUCGGGAUUCUUUUUGCUAACCUUGUCAAUUAUGAAACUGCAAAAAUCAAAGGAGGAUGGGGAUGGAGACUUCAUUAGGAACUAGCUGGCAUUCCUGCUCUUUCUAUUGACUAGUAGGGGCUCUUUCUAGUUAUCAAAACUCAUACUCUGAUCGUGGUCCGACUGGCGAAGGAAGGAAAUCUGAGAGCAAAAGAAAGAAAUCGGCACAGGAGCGUGGGGGGAGUGAGAGCAGUGUUCUUCUUCUAUGUAGUAUCCAGAUUACUCAGUGACAAGGUAGGCCGUCGAGUCUGUUUACUGGAACUGGAAUGCCAAAUGUUUCUCUCUCAAGUAAUAAUAGCCAAUAGUAUUUAA